UCCUGUUAUGCAACUGCUGACCUACUAACAUACAUUUCUAAACAGAAGCAGCGAGUGGCAGGAUACUGGUGCGCUUCGCCAACACAUUAAGGAACCAGGGCAAAAACACACGGGCUGCGUACUGAACAGCAACCGCAGAGCUUGAAGCGCGUGUGGAUCACACUUCGCCGUUUUUAUCCAGUUCACUGAGGCUUAUGCAAAGGCGAGACAACCAACGGACGGCAAAUAAAUUGGAUGCACGCACAAAAUCCAUAAACGUCAUCGAACAGCCAGCUGAAGGCUUAGAGAGCGACACCCCUCCUCAGUAGGCUGACAAGCUGGAGCAGACUGAGUGACCUAUAUCCUCCAACACGCCUGAGGCACUGGGACACUUCUUUCAGCUUGAUAGAGCCUUGUUGUGUAAAGGAAUACAACAACAAUAACAAAAAAGGGGGUCAGAAUUCUUAGAUUUGUCACCUUCUCCAUACUUCAGGAUUGCAUUUCCCCUCUUUCUGUCACUGGAUUGGAUUUGACUGACUCUGACAAAAUCACAAAGUGCAAGAGAGGCAGAGUAUUUUACUCAUUGAAGAAUUUGUUGGUUUGUUAAAUGCUGGAGACUCAUAUAGAGGUGCACAUCUUCUUGCUUUUCUCAGCCAACCUGGACACUUGAUAAUCAAGGAAUAUUAACUAAUAACUUGAGAAUCACAUCAACAAAAUCAAUGAGGUUUAGCUUUCCAGGAGCUACAAUACCUCAAGUUUUUGCUGAUCCUACAACUUAGUCGAAAAUUCACAAGUCUACUGUACGUAGGGAGAUCUCACAGGGAUUCUUGUAGGCACCUUUCCCCUUUACCCCAUCCCUCGUUUUUCAUUCAUUUCCAUUACCAGUGGUGGAGCCAAGAUCCCAAACUGGCUUCCAUUGAGGAACAAUGGAAAGUUUAAACUUACGAAUCUCAACAAAUUCCAGUGUAAAGUGCAAAGCCUUAGAGAACCUGCAAAGCUUUCCAGGCUACAGCGACCUUCUUCAUUCACCUCAAAACAACCCUCGCCAGAACCGCCUUCUCAAGCCAAAGCCAAACAUGAGCUGCCGCCGCAAGCGUGAAUUCAUCUCAAAUGAGAAAAAGGAUGAGUCCUACUGGGAAAAGCGACGCAAGAACAAUGAGGCAGCCAAGCGUUCCCGGGAAAAACGCCGCCAGAAUGACAUGGUCCUAGAGAACAGAGUUAUGGCACUAAACAACGAGAAUGUGCGCCUGAAAACUGAGCUUUUACAGCUUAAGCUUAGGUUUGGUCUCAUUAGCACAGCUUCCUACAUGGAAAAGAGUCAGCAGAUUGGUGGAUCAGUCAAUGGAACUUCUGGAGACAACUCCAUAUCUUCCUCUACCACCAAUCGUUUCUACCCCAGUGGUUACUCCAAUAUUUCUCAGGUGUUGAUGAACUCUGAUUCUUCUGAAACUGAUCAGUCGGGUCGAGGGGAGGGGCAUGUGAAAUUAGCAAAAUACUCCCCACGGGGUUCCCUCUCAGAUAUGUCUGAUGGCUCCUCCCGGGACAGCCCAGAGCCAAUGAGUUAUGACAUCAAGCAGGAAGGCGUGGGACUAGAGAUGGACUUCAGUAGCACCACCACACAGAUCAUGUUCAACAUCCAUUCAAGGUUGCCUGCAGUACUACACCAGCAAUCAUUUGAAACCGGAUAUUCCAGCAACCAACAGAAACAACACUGCCAGGAGAAGAUUGUAAGUCCUGUGGUCCCUCAAUCCGCUCAAAGAAGUGUCAUCCUUUACCGUUCUAGCAGUGCCUCAUAUCCUGUUGAAAGUCACGGGACUCAGGAAAUGAUUCCAAAACAACAUCAGAACCUUCCCCAGCCUACAGGAAUGUCCAAAAGCUUAGCAGAGGUGACAAAACAGCUAGAGAGAAAAACUUUGAACUCUCCUCCUUACGACUAUACAGAUGAUGUAGCCGAGAGACAAGCUUACAGGGCCCAGCAACAGACCCAGAGGGUUAAUGUUACUGCUCCAGACCUUCUGCUAAGACCAGAGGAGGAAGAUGAAACACACAUGUGUCAUCAUUCUAAUGGCAUCCCAGAGGACGAUGAGCCACCAGUGUUGACCUAUGAAGAAGACAUGAGACAUGAAAGGUACUAUCAGGCUCACUCAGGAAAAGACACUUCCUCAAGUGAUGGAUAUCCUCGAAGCUCUGAUAAAGAGGGCUCCACUGAUGAUGAGUCCCCCUCUUCCUCUUGCUCUGACACAGGCAGCUACAGCCAUCACAUAUUCAUGACCCAGAGCUCCUUCUCACCAAGCCAAUGCAAAGAUGGCCAAGUGGAAAUCAAAGGCACGGCGCUGCCCCACAAACUGCGACUUAAGCACAGAGCUCAGACUAAUGGCAGCGCAACAUCUCAAGACUCACCAGUGACACCACCUUCUAACGUCCAGCCAUUACCUCAACACCCUUACUUGGCAUUGUCUCAACCUGUCCAGCAACAACAGGUUGGCACAGAGAAAGACAGCCAGUCAAGUGUAGGGUUUUACAAGCAGGCCACCUCAACAGACGGAGGAAGGAUCGAAUGUGGAAAGAAGGAAUCCAGUGAACGUAACAAGAGACAAAACUGAGUUAAAGGGAGACUGUGGGACUCACUGAGGGCAAUAUGAAGACAUUAGAUGCCUGCUAGGCUAUCUAUAAAGCCCUGAGAGACUUUUUAUGUACCCAUUUUCCCUUUAUCUCGAGGUCCUACCUUGAUCCUCUACCCUGCACUUGGAUGCCUUGAGAUAAGAGGGCUGGACAUCAUCAUGGCAGAACCUCUAGAUGAAUUGUACACUAUGUAUAGACUCACCUUAUUUGUUUGGUUUGUUUGUUUCUUUUAAUCUCCUCCUAAGCAGCACUUUUACAAAUAAAUUAAAUUGGAGUAAAUGCUUUUGAUCACACUUGCCCAUAUUUCCAGUGCUGCAGCAAGAUGUCAAUGGAACAAUGUAUAUGGAAUUCAACAGCAAUAUCUACCAUUUGGGAGGCAUUGUAAUAGAUUCUUACUUGUAAAUAGGCAACUUCAAGUGCCCCUUAUUGUUUUUGGCCACUUCUACACACCUAAAAAAUAUCUACAGGUGGCUAUUCAUCAUCUUUAAACAUACCAAACUCUAGAAGAUUCAGGGAAAGUUCCCUAGACCAAAGAAACAUGGCUUAAAUUCAUGCCUCUAUCUGCUCCCUACCUCUGUUUUUCUAACUAGUGCUCCAUUUCUUUUCCCAUGCUCAACGACCCUGCUACCAAUUUUUUUUAUUUUAUUUGUCAAAGCACUUGAUUUGUAUAUAAGUGUGAUAUACUUAUUAUAUAUAAAAAUAUUUUAAGAAAACAAAAAGAUUACAUAAAAAGACUUAAAAUAAAAAAUAGGGAAAGAGAGAAUUGCGAAUGGAUUUGUCUGUCAAAAUACUGUACAAUUUCAAUGUGUUUGCUGUUUGAAGCGUCACUUAAUAUAAACGAUUUUAUUUUUGCUUUUUUUUUUUUUUUUUACUGUCCUUUUACAGGAAAAUGACAAAAUGCCCCAAAGCCUUUACAAAUACAUUAGCAGGCUGAUGUAAGUUUGACGUCAAAGAUACUAAAAACAAGUUUUCAUUGCAUUUAUAGCUCAUUGAUAUGUCUGGUCUUGCAACACUACUAAGUCUUUCUCAGAUAAUGUUUAGUCUUUCAAAAGAAUGAAAAACUACUAAUUCACUUGCCCUUAUAUGUAGCCUCCCUAUUUAUUUCUUUAUGAAUCCACUGAUGUAAAAACAUGUCAAUUCACAUGAAAGGAGUGUUUGGGGUUUAUAGGAGAGCUCUAACCUGCUUGCAUCAGUAUUAAUGGAUGAUUGCAGUAGUAUCUUUGACCCAAUGCCCUUUAACCAUCUGAAGACUGCUUGUAAGUCUUUCGCAUUUGCCUCAAUUUCGUCACAAACCCCCUUUUAUAUUUUUUCAAAACAAGUCUACAUGUCAGGUCAAUUUAUGGCACUUGUGUAUAAAUGUAAAAUAUUUUCUCAUGACACUGUAUUGUGCUUUUUUAAACAAUCUGUUUGGUGGCCGAGUGUUGUCCUUUAUCACUAGCUGUGUCUACUUCCUGUUUACUGUGAUUAUGUAAUUGUUCAUCAUGAUGUCACCUAUCCUUUUGUCCUUCAGUGUGUUUCAGACGAGUGAUGUUUGAUGUUCGUUUUUUGUUUUUCUUAUGUUUUUAUCAAAAUGAAAAGUAUAAAAAAAAUAUAUAUAUAUAUAUUUUUUUGUUUUUGUGUUGACAGUGACGCUGCUGAUCUGUUGUUCUAAAAUGGAUGCAUAUUGUAAAAACACUAAUAUUCAAUGCUAGGGUUGGGUGCAUUUCAAAAAUAAAAAAAAUAAAAAUAAAAGAUGUUGCA